GGCAUCACCUGGGGCGUGGCGUACGAGCUGAAGGGGGAGGACGCCCUUCGCUACCUGGAGAACCGGGAGGUGUCCCUGGGAGGCUACACCACCGCCGUCGUGAGCUUCUUCCCGAGGGAGGCCGGUCUGGAGCCCUUCCCGGUGCUCCUGUACAUCGCCACGCCCGCCAACCGAGAGUGGGCGGGGCAGGCGCCCAUGCACGAGAUCGCCACACAGAUCACGCAGUGCUCCGGCCCGCGGGUGGGCCACAACGUGGAGUACCUCCUCCGCCUGGCCGACUUCAUGCGCGAGAAGGUCCCCGAGGGCUACGACGAGCACCUGGCCACCCUCGAGGCCCUGGUGCGGCUCAGGGUCAAGGAGAACAACCUGUGCCUUAAGUCCUUGAUGGGGGACGGGCCUCGAGAUCCCCAGCAGCCCCUCCCGCAGCAGCAGCAGGUGGCGGCGGCGGCGGCGGCUGGAGGCGGAGACGGCGGAGGAGGAGGAGGAGGCGUCAACAGAGCGGCUCCUGGAGGAGGAGGAGGAGGAGGGUUUCUCCAUCAUCUCCACCACCACGACGUCCCCCAGGCCGCGGAGGAGAGGCGGGACACGUUCCAGUACGUGGCCAAAGUCCCUCCGAAGAAACUGCGUUGUCUCAAUGUCUAGAAUUAGGGGCGGGGCGUAGGGGAACCUACUGCCAGGGGAUGGGCGUGCGGGCGGGCGUGUGGGCGGGGGCGGGGCGGGAGGGGGCGUUUUUCGUGCUUUGUUGUGUUCUCGUGUGUAUUGUGUGUGUAUGCGAUAAGGGAGAUGGGCGUGAUGAAGAAGGAAAAGAAGAAGAAGAGAAAGAGGAAGAGAUGUAUGAAUAAUGGAGAAUAGAAUGGAAAAAAAUAAGAAAGAGACAUAGGAAGGGAAACUAAAGAAGAGACUUGGAGGGAAGGAAGAAGCCAAAAAGGAAGAGUGAACGAGAGAGAAGAAGCAAGGAUUUGAUAAAGACAGGAAAGGACAGAAAGAAGAAAGUUAACGUGGAAGAAAGAGACAGGUAACGUAAGAAGGAAAAAGACAAAGAAGAAAAAAGACAAGAAUAAAAAUCGAAUGAUAAUGAAGAAAGACAUAAAAAAGGCUGAGAAAUAAAGAAGGAAAGGAAGGGCGAAGCAGGAAGCAAAAGAUGAUGAGAAUAAGGAAUAAAAAGAAAAGAAAAUAGAAAGCUGAUGAAGCAGUGGAUAAGAGAAAAGGCGAAACAAGAGGAGUAAACAAGGAAGACCAAAGAAAAGGGAGAUGAGAGAACGAAUAAAAUGAAGAAAAAAGGAAAGAAGAUAAAAAAA